AUGACUCUUCCCAAAUCAUUGAAAACAGAGCCUUUGGGUUCUUUUGAUACACGGCUCACAAUGAAGUAUUUCGGUGGCACCGAAUUUUCUCCUAACCGUUUUGCGCCCGUUGUCGGACUUGAUGGGGCUGCUGAAGAGCCACUCGACACCAUACAAAUGGGAACCAGCCCGAAGCGCGAGUAUCGAACCCUCGAGCUCCGCGAGCCAUUUGGCGGAUUCAAUCUUGGCCAGAACCUUCCCCGACUAGAGCUGGAUGCCACUGUGGACAAGUGCCAUUCGCUUGACGGUCUCACUGAGCCUUCAAACCCGCAAAACACACCAGCGUCAAACAGCGUGAGAGAUUGUACACCUGAGCCACUUCAACACGAUAUGAAGAAUUUGCAGACCAGCCAUGCAUCUCGGGGCAGCAAUGCUGAUUUUGGUUGCUUCCUCGAUUCGCCAGAGAAGAGCCUUUUCACUCGCCGAGACGGUGAUACCGGGCCCUUGAAGUCUUCAAAGUUGCGGCGCCUUUUGGUCAGUCAAAGACAAUGGCUUGAAUCUCCAGUUUCCGGGUUGGGGGGCCACCGACCACUUGUAAGUCGCAGCGCUAUUAGGAAACCAGGCAACCCUGGCGUUGUGAGAUAUGUUCGGUUUCGCGCUGCCCCUUCGCUUUUGUCCUCACCCCCUCAUGUGCCAUCUCGCCCUUUGCCUUCAAUUGAACGACGGCAGGAUUACAUCGCUACGUAUCGAAAGAAGAAGCAGUGCGAGAAAUGGAAGAUCGCUCGUCGGCCCACACCCCGAAAGCCUUCCUCAACUCGCAUAUCCGCGGUGGAAGCCCGGGUUCUGGGUAACUUCACCCCGAAACAAGCCGAUGGAUUUGAUCGCUCAUUGUCGAGCUCACCAUUGUACAGACUUGACCAGAUGCCAUUCCCGGCUCAAUCUUACGGCGGUACUCAUGCACUGGAUGGCACAAUUGAAAGCGCUUCGAAUACACCUGUUGUGCGCAGCCCCAAAGUCGCGCGGACCAGCCAGAAAAGAAGGCUGUAUGCCCAUAUCUCUUUCUCACUCUACCGGGUCCAAAGCGUGCCAGAAGCGGUCCCCGGAAAGGUUCAAAAGUAUGCAUUCAUAUUUCGAAUGGUUGAGACAGAGAUCACAGGUCUCGAGGGGUAUCUUCCACUGCAGUUUCCGCACAGCUUUGAGGACUCAGUGACGGUUGUGUCCGUUAAAGAUCUGGUCUUUCAUACCUACUUCAUCGUACCAUCGCUCGUCAUCAAUCUUCCCUUGAACGCGUUUUCCACUGCCACGCAGUAUCUAAAAGAUACACCAGUGGGAAAUGUGACAUUUCGCCUUGCCAGAGCCAUCCUGUUCUUCUUCCGCUACGCAGCCGCUCUCUUUUGCGCUCUGUGCGGAGUGUCAUUCAGUCAACACCGGCCCUCAAACACCUUUUCGAACUGA